GAGAGAAUGCGUUUUCAAGAGUACCACUAAUGAAUGGUCUGAUUGGUCCUAACCCCCAUCUCCCUCACACGGCUUUGACUCCUGGAGGUGGACUGGGCACUUUCUCUCCUAUAACACAGCAACCAUACACUGAUACCAGGGAUAAGAAUCCAGCAUUCAAUCCGAUGGUAGGUGAUCCAAACAGUUCAUGGGCACCAUCAGCUCCACCACUGGAAGGUGAAGGGGAUACAAUGUCCAAUGCUCAAAGAAGCACCCUCAAGUGGGAAAAAGAAGAAGCACUGGGUGAAAUGGCAACAGUGGCACCUGUUCUCUACACAAAUAUCAACUUCCCUAACCUAAAGGAAGAAUUCCCAGACUGGGCUACAAGAGUGAAGCAGAUUGCCAAGCUGUGGAGAAAAGCAAGCUCACAGGAAAGGGCUCCUUAUGUG